AAAAUUUUAAGCGCGGAAGACAAAUUCUAGAGUUCCAAGAUUUUCGUGCUUGUUGAAGGAACUUCUACAAUCAAGUCUCUGUAUUAUAUCUUCACUGACCUCACAUUUGCAGUUACACCAAUAUCAGAUGAACAUAAAUCUAGGGUUUAUUUUUCUGAUGGUUUUACUUUUGGGGACUAUGGGGGACGAUAAUACAGGCGUUAUCUUACCCUCCAAGUGUGAAGUUUGCAAGCUUCUCGUAACGGAAAUACUUAUCCGGCUCCAAGAAACAAAAUCAAGUGAUGCACUGGACAUUGGUUCUAAUCGUGGAAAUUCAAAGAAAGUUAAAUACGACACAUCGUUUGUAUUCAUUACAACUAAUCUUAAUUAUUUCUAGAGAAAUUAGACUUCUUGAAGUUCUGGAGGAUCCCCCAAUUUGCAAUCGACUUCUCCAGUAUAAAGUGCAUAAAGAACGACAAGAUAGCACUAGAUUUGAUAAGAGUACGCCUCAGACAAUGAAAUCCCUCAAUGAAUUAGUAAACCGUGGUGUUGAAGUGAAAUUAGAUGUCCCUUUUGAGUUAUGGGAUAAACCAUCAGCAGAAGUUACAGCCCUAUUCAAAGAGUGUAUUCCACUUGUUAGUGAGUAUCAAGAAACUAUCGAGGAAUGGUUUUUCAAUAAUCAGAAUAAAAGUCUUUACGAUUAUCUUUGUCGGGAAAAUGUUCUUGAUAAAUCUUCUCAAGGAUGUUUGGAUGAAGGAAGGGGGAGCCAAGUGGAAACCUCAGCAGAUUCUCAUCAGCUGCAAACUGCCUAAAAUUGCAAUGGUGAUAUGCGUCGUUUAGUCGAAAUUUCCAAUUCCUACAAAACACUAAGCAUACAAGUGACAGCAAAUUUACUACGAUUUGCUGAGGCAAUUGCAAUCAAGAGCUUCAAACCAAAAUUAUACAUACAGAAAGAGUGUAAUCAAUCUCUCACUACCUUGGUAACUGCAUUUUGAUUACAUUGAUUAGUCAUCCGCAUUAGCGAUUUCAGCUCAUUUAGCGAGUUUUCAAUUGUAUGAACUAUAACCUUCUUGAGUUGCUAUGUAAAUCUACAGGCUAACACUGUUUAUUAGAUUUUUCUGCCUUCUCCUCUCCCCUCCUUUUUUAUUCUGAAAGCAUAUAAAUUGAUGGUAACUUGGAUUAAAAAUUGUAAUGCUUAUAUUUCAAAUGCCUUGAUUUCAUAAUGCAUUCUCUACUACCAUUCAAACACUAAAGUAUGUUAUUGUUAUUAUUUAUAACCAUUGUAAUUUCAGGUAGUUUGCAGCUGAUGAGAACCUUCGAAAUAGAAUGGUGUCAUUUUAUACUGCAAA